AUGGCAUCCUUGAUGUCCUCAUCUUCUUACAAUAUUAAUCAUGAGAAUAAUGGAGACAAUAAUAAAGAUGAAGAGGAAGAAGAUGAUGGUGAUAAUUUGUUGUUGUCUGUGAUGAAUAGGCUCAACAAGGGACAGUAUUGGAUCCCUACACCUUCUCAGAUUCUCAUUGGCCCAACACAGUUUUCUUGUCCUGUUUGCUUCAAGACUUUCAACAGAUACAAUAACAUGCAGAUGCACAUGUGGGGCCACGGGUCGCAAUACAGGCGUGGGCCCGAGUCCUUACGUGGCGCUCAACCAACCGGCAUGCUUCGGCUCCCGUGCUACUGUUGUGCCCUAGGUUGCCGCAACAACAUCGACCACCCGAGGGCAAAGCCGUUGAAAGACUUCCGAACCCUACAGACGCACUACAAACGGAAGCACGGAAUAAAGCCCUUCGCUUGCCGCAAGUGCGGAAAAGCGUUUGCGGUUAGGGGCGACUGGAGGACGCACGAGAAGAAUUGCGGAAAGCUUUGGUAUUGCAUUUGCGGCUCGGAUUUCAAGCACAAACGGUCGCUCAAGGACCACGUGCGGGCCUUCGGGGAAGGGCACGGAGAUUGCAGUGGGCCCGCGGGGGACGAGGAGGACGAGCCCGCUUCGGAAGUCGAGCAAGACGAUGAUCGACGAAUUUUGUAG